UGGUUGUUGUUUAUGUUGUUGGGAGCAGAGGAAGAAACGGCGAAGAGACGAAGGUUAUAACAGGGAAAUCCGUUUCCAUCGAGGUCGAUUGAAGAUCGACGGCCUAGCUGUUGUUCGUAUCGUUUUUUACCUAGCACAACAGCAAUGGCGGCACAAGAUGGCAAGCCUUUACCGACUUCGGACAGAAUUCUCAAACAUGUUCCAAUGCCACCCGUUAACCGACUUACUAUGGCCGAUGUGUAUGAUUCAAAUGGAAAACCGAGGGCAGAUGUACUCAAGGCGCAUUUUAUUCUGGAAGGCCGCGUCGAAGACGAAGUUGCGCUAAAAAUUAUCAACGAUGGAACAGCUAUUUUACGGAAAGAAAAGACAAUGUUGGAAGUGGAUGCUCCUAUUACAGUUUGUGGAGAUAUCCAUGGGCAGUUUUAUGAUCUAGUCAAACUGUUUGAAGUUGGAGGCUCUCCAGCAACGACGAGAUAUCUUUUUCUCGGAGACUACGUAGAUCGGGGAUAUUUUUCAAUCGAGUGUGUGUUGUAUUUGUGGACUCUAAAGUGUUUAUAUACGAACACACUAUUUCUCCUUCGAGGAAACCACGAAUGCCGACAUCUUACAGAGUAUUUCACCUUCAAGACGGAGUGUAAAAUAAAGUAUUCAGAAGCGGUGUAUGAUGCAUGCAUGGAAUCCUUUGAUUGUCUCCCACUUGCGGCCCUCAUGAAUCAACAAUUCCUGUGUGUUCAUGGAGGCCUGUCGCCAGAAAUCCACACAUUAGAUGAUGUGAAAAAGCUUGACCGGUUCAAAGAACCUCCGGCGUUUGGUCCAAUGUGUGACCUCCUAUGGUCUGACCCCUUGGAAGAUUACGGUAACGAGAAAACCUCGGAGCACUUCAGUCACAACACAGUUAGAGGGUGCUCCUAUUUUUACAGUUAUCCAGCAACAUGUGAAUUUUUACAGAACAACAAUUUGCUGUCAAUCAUUAGAGCCCAUGAGGCGCAAGAUGCAGGGUAUCGUAUGUACAGAAAAAGUCAAGCCACAGGGUUCCCAUCACUUAUUACAAUAUUUUCUGCACCAAACUACUUAGAUGUUUACAACAACAAAGCUGCCGUGCUUAAAUAUGAGAAUAAUGUCAUGAACAUAAGACAGUUUAACUGCUCGCCACAUCCUUACUGGCUUCCAAACUUCAUGGACGUAUUUACUUGGAGUCUACCAUUUGUAGGCGAGAAGGUUACAGAAAUGCUUGUGAAUAUCCUCAGUAUAUGUACAGAUGAAGAGCUGGAGGAUGGCGAUGAGGAUGAGGAAAAGACUGAAGCACUCAAAAGGAAAGAGAUUAUCAGAAGCAAGAUCAGAGCAAUUGGCAAGAUGGCACGCGUCUUUACAGUGUUGAGGGAGGAGAGUGAGAGUAUCUUACAGCUCAAGGGUUUGACGCCUACUGGCCACCUCCCCGUUGGGCUGCUCUCCGGGGGCAAGCAGGAAGUGCAAGCUGCUCUCCAAGGCCAUGACCCGACCCACAAGAUAUCUGGCUUUGAAGAGGCUAAAGGACUGGAUAGAGUCAAUGAGCGCAUGCCACCCAGAAAGGACAUGCCUCGACCGAAAUAAAGGUGUCUGCGGCCACCAGUGAUGCAGAUAACCUGGGUACCAUCCAAAUGCUUUGAGGGCAGUGCGUAUAAGAGCCAUUCAAAUCAUGCAGUACUCUAGUCGGAUCCUCUUUUACUAUCAAAUUGGACGCAGAAGCUAGGGUUUUAUAGAUAUGUAGUUAUUAUUGUAAGUUAUGGAGAUGAAGCUGGUCUGUUGGGUGGUUCAGGCUUGCUGGUCGAGAUGCUUAUUAUCCCGAUAGGCAUCUUAUAUAAUUGCAGUGCAGUGCAGUGCUGCGCUAAGCUGGCGUUUGCACCAAGUGCGUCUGCUGUAGGAAUAUAAUCUAUUUAUAUAUGGUGCAUAAUGCCAGGAAGUGGCCAGGAACAGUCUUCACUUGAUCUCCUUGGUCACUUUCUGCUUGAAGCCUGCCACUGAAAUUUUGAAGCGACUAGUCCUGGGGUCUUUCUUUUGGUUUAUUUUUAUGUAGCUGUUACAAAAUCUCUCAAAUCACUGCAAAGUCUAGUAUGCUCCAAACUGCGAUAGCACUGCGGUAGCUAUGGUUAUUUAUCCUUUGAUUACUAACCCUGUCUAGCUAUGGUCAUUUAUCUUAUUGGAUUACUAACACUGCAGUAGCUAUGGUCAUUUAUCCUUUGAUUGCAAUCACUGACCUCACUACCUCUGUUAACCAUGAAAGAACUAUGUAAAGUACUAUAUAGUGCUUUAUAACUGCUUUGUUCCAUUUCGUUUAUUUUUAUUAUGGCAUCAAUGAGAAAACAAAUGGCGGAAAAUUAAUAUUGCAAAGAGGUGGAAUACAGACUUGUAGUCACUGUUCAAAUAUACGUUUUUCCAGUACUGUACAGUAUAUAUUAUAUACAGUAUAUAACUGUUAUGUAGCCAAUGUUUCUUUGGUGUACGCUUAACACGUAACUUAGUACCCCCCCCCCCCCCCCCUUCCUUGGUUAACUCCUGUUAGGAAGACAAAAAAAAACCAUUUUCUUCUACACCUAUCUGCGCAGACCUGUAUAUUUGAUUACCCUGUUACUAUAUUAUUGAAGAAUAUACUAGGACCAGUUCAUUGAUUAAACCUAGGUACAUUAUUUUAUCUGUAUGUUAACAUGAGGUAGAUACUUUUGUCCUUUCAGUCGCAAGUGACCCAAAUUUUUUUUUUCCUUUUCAUGAGAAAGUUCUAUACAGCUAAAAGCUUGAUCAGUUUAGAGUGGUUUUCAAAAACCCGUGAAAUACUUUUUAGUUUACUAAUACUAAUACUAAUACACUGUAAUGUCUUUGUUCUCUUUUGUUCUGGCUUGACUAUUACAUUUUAACAACUACAUUUUGUUGCACGGGAUUUUGAAAGCCACCCUAUAUUGUGGGGUGACUAUGAUCAGGUGACGCUGAUCACUUCUUGGAUUGAAAGGGUUUAAAAGUUUAACUGCCUCUUCCAGACUUUAUUACAGAACUCUUUGACUCUAAAAGAUGGUUUAUUUGUGCCGACUUUUCGGGUCGAUUUGUGUGCGUGUUUAGAACUCCGCAAAUGCUCUGGCCAAAAAUAGCCCGAAAAAUUGGUACAUGUGAGUUACCUUUAAUUUUUGUUCUGGUUCUUGUAGAAUAUCCCGUGAUCUGUACUUCGCUCGCUAGUUGUCUGUAGCUAGGCGAAUUUCUGAAGAAAACAAAAAUGUAAAUUGAUCAACAUUUCAUCUCAUGAAGAAAGUUCGAAUAUUUAUGAACCCUGUCCAAAAAAUGUCAGAAUUAUUAAUCUUAAAUUUCUUUUGGAAUCUAUUAAAAUCUAAUUAAACUGGUAAAA